UACAAAGAGAGAGAGAGUUUAGCUGCGGCUGUUCAGUUACCGUCUAACGCUGGUCCAAUUCAGACCACCACCACAUGGCUCUCUUUCUCCCUUGUGUUGCAGGCGAUCAAUGAAAACCGUUUGUCCAGUUGCAACAAACAGAAGACAAGAGAGGACAGCCUUCAAUCAACUUCCGAUCGGUCAACAGUUGGACAUCUGAUUGGCGAAAGUGAAGUGACUGUUUCGAAAGUGGAGUGUUUCGGUGCAUCGAAUACGACCUACCGUCAACACACACUCUGAAAGAACGGGGGGAAGAGUGGGGAGCAAAACAAAAGAGAAACACAUCAGUGCGCGCAUAUGUUUCUUCUUUUCUCCUCUUUUUCGUAAAAAGAAAAGCAAGAUUUCCCUCGAUUGGGUAAAACCAAAACAAAAAAAGUUAUCUCGAAAUCAACGCCUAAUCAGGACACACACACACACACACAAACACACACACAAGAAAAUGGAAGCGUCAAGAGUGAGCCGGCCAAGACGCCGGCGAUCUAUUUUCACGCAUUCCAUUUCCAGGGGAGUCAUAGCGACGACGAUAGCGACAUUCCUACGUUCGGUGGAUGCCAGCAGCGGAGUUAUCGGCGGGCAUCAUCCUAGCGCUCACGCGCUCAGUUACAUCCUGUCAUCUCACAAUCAGCACAAUGGCACGAUUGGAGGCUCUGGGGGGCAGUCCCUGGAUUAUGGAGGAUUCACAGAGGAGAGUUUCGAAGAAAACGAAAUUAUCGAAUCUUCAGUUCCCCCUGGCCAGCCACCUGGUAAUCCAGCUCAAACAGUCAUCGAUAUCAUUGCUGUAUUUGGCGCCAUGUUUGUUGCCGCUGUUGCCAUCAUCCUCAUAACCGUCUACAUCAGUAAGUUACGCAAGAGACAGUCCAGUGCUUUAUCGACACCUGACGCGGAAGUGGCGUCUACGUCGCCAUCUUCAGACUGUUCGGCUUGUCCUCACAGUGGCGAUCCCGGAAGCGCUGCAUCUAUCGCCCAAUUCAAUAAGGAAGUCCAGGAUGCCUGGAGUGCAAUUGAUUUUGGACAGAAACCGAGCCUUUGGCGUAAGACGAUUCGUAGCGUGAUUCUUCGACUACGGGGCCAGGAGCAACACAAGGAUGUUUAUGUUAUGCCACAACAUCUAAGGGAUCAACUCAAGCAGAUGUAUGUCUACUGAACAUUAUGUUUUUCCCCCGGAGCUUCUGCAACGGUCCCGAACCGUUGCCCAUUUUUUUAUUUUUUUUAUUUUUUACCUCCAAAACAAAAACGUUGCGAUUUUAAAUUUCGCGCGCGCGCGCCAAAAUUUUCCACUUUUUUUUUAAAGAAAAAAAAAUAACGAAAAGAGAAAUUCGAAAUUUUAAGAUUUACAGAGUAUUACGACAGAAAACACAUUUACAAAUCAUACCACACCAUUUUGAAAAAAAAAAAAAAAGAAAAACGUUACCUGAAUGUAUAGAAACUUGUACAUAAAAAGCAAAACAGAGAGAGCAAUGGAGAAAAGCGAAAUCAUUUGUGACAAAUUAUUAUUAUUUUCUUUUUCUUCUUAAAUGCCAUGUCCGACAAUUAUUAUUUCCUUCUUCAAAUGUUUAUUGAUUCUCCAGAAAAUUCGAAUGAACAACUUUCUCUGCGACAUCCCUCCUGUCAAUUUCCCGCUCUCAAAAGUGUUUUAAAGAAAUAAGACGCCACAAAAAAUCAAUGGAAACGCUUUUUUUUUUAAAUGUAUAUUUCCCGAUCUUGUAUGUAUUUGUAUGUAAUGUCAGUGAAUCGAUUGUACAGCCCCGUUUUCCCCUCCCCCCAUCUAUCUUAUCCGAUUCCCCAUUUUUUAUUUUUUUAUUUUUAGAAAUGUGCGUGUACAUGCGUGAAAUCAAACAACAAAAUCGCCUUCAAAAUAUGA